ACGGGGUCUCCAAGAUGGUCAUCAGUUAAUCGGUUACGUUCGCUCGGUGCACCUCUAGCUUCCUCAGAUUCAGUGAACCCCAGUGAAGAUGAAACCCUUUGCCUUUAUCGUUGUGGCUGCUCUCAGCCUGGUUGUGGUCAGUGGACGCCCGGGUGCCCAGUAUCUGCCACCUCUGCCGGUUAAGGAGGUGUCCGCUGCGCCGAGCUUCCAGCAGUUGGUUCAGCCUCAGCUCCAGCAGCACAUCCAGUCGCAGAUCCAUCCCCAAGUGGAGUCCAUUCAGGCCUCGGUGCCGCUGGCUAGCUUCACCAUCCAGUCGAGUGGACAGCAGCAAUAUCAGAGUGUCCCAGCCCCAGCUCCAGUUUCCAUUCCAGCACCUGCUCCAGUGGUAAUCUCCGCUCCAGCUCCCGCCCCUGCUCCCGUGGAGGUUUCACAGCCGGCUCCCCAGGUGAUCUAUGAAGCACCCAAGCCUGUGAUUGCCACACAGACGGCGGUGAAGAACGCCUAUUUGCCACCCGCUCCUGCCCAGCAAUUUAUGCCCGCUCCGGAGCCAGUGGUUGCGAACAUUGCACCACAGCAGGAGACCAUCACCACCACUUACACCGCCUCAGCUCCCGCUACCGUUCCAGCACCCGCUCCAAUUGCCAUUCCAGUUCCUGCAGUGCAGGAACAGCACCAGGUGUUCCAGCAGACCUACUCCGUUCCAGCUCCUGCUCCCGUGGUCCAGCAAACAUACUCCGCACCCGCACCAGUUGUACAGGAACAGACCUACACCGCUCCCGCUCCCGUGCAGGCCGUGCAGCAGACUUAUUCAGUUCCCGCUCCAGUGGCUCAGGAACAAUACUACAGCGCUCCUUCUUCUGUGGCUCAUCAGACUUACUCCGCUCCUGCUCCUGCUCCAGCUCCAGUUCGGGAACAAUUCUAUAGUGCUCCUGCCCCAGCCGUUCAGCAGACUUACUCUGCUCCAGCUGCUGCUCCUGUCGUUCAGCAGACCUACUCCGCCCCUGCUUCAGCGCCUCAGCAGACUUACUCCGCUCCAGCUCCAGCAGUCCAGGAGCAAACUCAAGUGGUUCAGACCUACAGCGCUCCGGCUCCCGCUCCAGUUGCUCAGCAGACCUAUUCCUACCCAGCUCCAGUGGUGCAGCAAGCGCCAGUGGUUCAGACAGUGGCUCAGCAGACACCUGUGAUUCAGCAGACCUACUCCGCUUCGGCUCCCGCUCCUGUGGUUCAGCAAACAUACUCCGCUCCAGCCCCUGCGGUUCAAGAGACCAUUCAGCAAGCCCCUGUUAUCCAGCAGGCUCCUGUAGUUCAGCAGAGCUACUCCGCUCCGGCUCCCGCGCCUGUGGUUCAGCAAACAUACUCCGCUCCAGCUCCUGUGGUUCAAGAGAACGUUCAGCAAACCCCUGUAGUCCAGCAGAGUUACAUCGCUCCUGCUCCCGUUUCCAUCCCUGAGCCCGUUCAGCAGAUUGUGCAGCAGCCGCAGUACAGUGGUUACUCCUACCAGACUCCUCAGCAAGCUUCAGCUCCAGCUCCGGUUCAGGUGUCCCUUCCUGCUCCAGCACCCGUAGUGAUCUCGACUCCUGCUCCGGCUCCAAUUUCUAUCCCAGCUCCAGCUCCUGCGCCUGUUCAACUGCAGCAGUCCUUUGUGCCAGCACCACCAGCUCCCAUCCAAGUCCAACAGCCAGCCCAACCCAUUGUACAGUACUCAGCACCAGCGGUGCAACAGCAGGUGACCUACACUCAGCCCGCUCCUGCUCCAGUUCAAGUUGCCGCUCCAGCUCCGGUUGCGGUUUCCGGUCCCGUGGAGAUCGGAACCAGCUACGCCGCCAAUGGUGGUUACCUGUACAAAUAGGAUGCCCGUGAACGGACCCCAGCGGAGGUCCGAACUCGCAUCGAGUUGGGUAUUCAACGAUUCAGCUGAAUUUAGUGUUACGUAGCCAAUUUCUAGCACCUUAUAAUUUUGUUAAUCAAUAAAUUGUUUUUGUUUUAUUAAAAA